AUGAUUUCGAAUAUUUAUCAUCAACAUAUAGAAGGUGUUUUAUCUUUAAAAGAGAAACAAGAAAAGAAAAAAAAAGAAUUACUUUUAUCAAUUGAUCAAUUAAUCAAUGUUUUAGUCAAUCAAGUUAAUGAUGAAAUAUGUCAAUGUUAUGAAAAUGAAAAACGUAUUGAUAAAUCAUUUAAACAAUUAAAUUCACAAUCAAAUCUUCUUUUAAAACAAUCUCAAUCAUGGAUUCAUCUUAUUCGACAAUUUAAUAUUACACUUAAAGAAUUAGGUAAUGUAGAAAAUUAUUCUAAAAUAAUCGAACGAGAAUGUUCAACCAUAACAAAUAUAUUAGCAACUGUUCAUCAAGAUAUUAUUGUAGAACAAAAACAAUGUCAAAAAUAA